GGCUUUGCGACUGCAGUAGUGAGUAUAUGACGACCAUAGUUUCACCCGGCUUUCCCGAUCAUUAUCCCUCUCUAACACACAAGGAAUGGACUGUGGAUAUACCUCAAUUUUACAAGGUCCAUAUAGUCGUCAAUGUUCUCUCUGUUGAACGUGUAUGGGACACACUCACAUUGAAACAUAGCCCACUUGCUCUCCCACAUGAUGGUAUUGAAUUUCUAUUGGUCAGUGCCAAUGUGACGUCAUUGAUUUUACCUUCUGGAUCGGUAGUGAUCGAAUUCUGUAGCGAUGACCGUGUGGAAGAUGAUGGCUUUGCGUUCGAUUUCCGACUUAUGCCAAUACGCGAUGGCAAUAACAUGUCAUGUGAAAAGAUAGCUGAGGACACGGAAUUCGCUUGCUCAUCUGGAAUGCAAUUCGUCGACAUCAUCGCAAGGUGUGAUUGGAAAGUUGACUGUCAUGAUGUUUCAGACGAAGUCGGCUGUGGGAGUUGUCCAUCGAAUGUCUACCAGUGUAAAGGGAGUAAUAUUUGUCUCCUGAUGGAGUUCCUGUGUGAUGGUUGGUCCGAUUGUCCUCUAGGAGAGGAUGAACAAAAUUGUUCCCUUCAAUGUCCCACCGGAUACACGUGUGGCCACUUACCAUAUAAUAUCAAGUAUGAACCAAGACACGACUGUGGGCCAUCAGACUGGUUACCUUUCUGGGUUAAUGCUUCAAGUGCCUGGAGAACAGACUAUGGUAACAUCACCGCUAAACUUGCAACUAUUCUCAACCUUCGGGAAAUUUAUCAUAAAACGUUGGAAGUUGGAACAUUUGUCGGUCUUCCCAAUCUUAGCUUGCUUGAUAUGUCACAUUGUGGAUUAACACAUCUAACCCCUGGAGUUUUCGAUGGCUUAGUCAGACUCAAGAAACUAAUCCUGGCGCACAACAAAAUAACUUUCCUUGAGGCCUGGACAUUUAAAGGUCUUUCUUAUUUAAAUUAUUUGUACUUGGAAUUAAACGCGAUUCAUGAAUUCAGUGAGGAUGGUUUCAAAGGCCUCGCCCGUAUAAGAUCUAUAGACUUGGAAAACAAUACAAUAACUCAUGUCAGGGCUGGUGCCUUCAAAGAUGUUGGUCAAACACUCGAACGAUUCCUACUGCAUGGAAACCUAAUGACUUCAGUUAAUGCUUCAAUGUUUACUGGCUUACGAAACCUACAGAGGAUAAAUUUUAACAACAAUCAUUUAAGGUACAUUGAACCGGGAGCCUUCCACAAUCUAUCUACUGUGACUGAUUUAGUAAUUUCAUCGCUAAGUUCGGAACCAUACCUUCUUUAUCCCGGUAUAUUUGAUGGACUGGAUUCCUUGACGGCUUUAUAUGUGUAUGAUCAGCGUUUAUGCUGCCUGUUACCGACUAGCGUUGUUUGCGUUGUCCAAAAGCCUGCUCACCCUCUCUUCACCUGCCGUAGAACCUUUCUUCAGAACACAGCCAUCAAGGUUUUCAUAUGGAUCCUUGGUUUGAGCGCCCUCUUCGGUAACAUCUUUGUCAUCACAAUGAGAAUCAGAAGCCGUUCAGUGACAACGGUUGGUAAGAUACAGUCCAUGUUCAUCACUAACCUAGCUGUGUCUGACUUCUUUAUGGGAAUCUACAUGGUACUCAUAGCAGUCAUGGAUAUCUACAUUGGGGAAUCCUAUUUCUGGGAAGGUCGUGCUGAUGAAUGGCGCACCAGUGUAACUUGCCAGAUUGCAGGAUUCCUAUCUGUCCUUAGCAGCGAAGCAUCGGUCUUUCUCCUGACCUUGAUAACAGCUGAUCGUUUCAUUUCCAUAGUAUUUCCCUUCAGCCACCACCGCCUUAGUACCACAUCUGCCCGUGUUGCUCUUAUUGUCAUCUGGAUAGUCGCAAUUUCUCUCAGUCUUAUCGGUGUCCUGCUGAACAAUGUUAUACCCGAAGCAUAUGGUCUCAGUGAUGUCUGCGUUGGUCUCCCAUUCAUCAGGAAAUCAACGGACAUCUCUACUGUGAUUGACCAACGUUCAUCUGCCCAGUACAACACUGUGAUCUACAAUAUUGCAUCAGGAUCCACAGUCUCGACAUGGCAGUUCUCAAUUUUCCUGUUCCUUGGAGUAAACCUCUUAAGCUUCAUCACUAUCCUCUUCUCUUAUAUCAUUAUUUUCAUCAAGAUUCGUCUGGAUCAGGCCGAAGUCGGUCGCAGGGCAGAAGCUUCUAACGAAAUCAAGAUGGCCUUUAAGAUGUUCUUGAUCGUUGGCACCGACUUUUGCUGUUGGAUGCCCAUUAUCAUUCUUGGUAUCCUCGUCCAGACGGUCGGGGUCGAUGUUACACCAGAUAUCUACGCCUGGUUGGUGGUGUUUGUUUUACCAAUCAAUUCAUCACUCAAUCCCUAUCUAUACACCAUAAUUCACAUGUCAUCGAAGAGAUCUGCAAAUGAGAAGAGCAAGCAGACGGUUAUUAGCAUGGUUACCCGUGACUAGGAUUUAACACAAUGGCACUAAGAGGUACAGAUAAUUAGGAAAGGGCGCCUGUGGUCCAUGGAAUCCCCCCCCCAAAAAAAACAGAAAGAAAAAGAAAGAAUUUUAUGAAUAAAAUUUAAAAACAAGAGAAAAUGGAAAGAAAGGAAAGGUAAAAGGGUGAAUUUUCUGAAUAUCAUGUCAAAAUUUAUUACGAAAUAAGGCUGGGGGUGGGGGGGGGGGUCAGUAUACGCCAAUGCUCAGUGAAUUCGUUCCGAUAUAACAAAUACUAACUGUGUUGCCUCAUUAUUAUUAUCGGUGAAUAUUCAACGUGUUCUUGUAUCUAUGGAAAAGGAAAAAAAUAUUUCAUUCUUAUUGAUAGCUUGAUUGAUUUUAUAUCGUAUAGAUAUCCAAUUGUAUAGACCAUAUUAGGCUUAAAAUGUCGUAUAUGUCAAUAUUGUUUAUGAAAUUUCUUACAUUAUUUUCUGACUUUUCAGUUCAAGCGUUUUUCUCAUGUAUCAAAAUGAACAGUUAAAUAAUUCAAUAUAAAACAUAACAAAAAGUUGUUCAUGAAAUAUUGGAGUAAAUUGGUUAUUAAUCUUAGAUACAUAGACGAAACCGAUAGCUUGAUUACACAUCGUUAUAUAUAAGAAUUGUAAGAGCAAUUACAUUCGUUUAUUUAGUUAUUUCCUCUUUAAGGAUAUUCAUAGCGUAAAAUGAUUAAGAAUAUUCCAGAAUGUCUCAGUUAAGCUUGUUAGGCAUGCUAUUUAAUAGGCUGAGUAAUCUUUGUUAUUUCUGGAAUGUAGACAAUAAGGCCUGCCUGCAGUGAAAAGAACAAUAGGAUUAGCUAUGUUGUUUGUUGUUAAUGUUGUUAAUUUCACUGAGGUCAUUCAAGAAUUUCUAAAAUUAGACUGCUCUAGAAAUUGGCAGAAUGUUCUUUUUGUAGACAAUACUAGAAGCUUCCAGAAUAGUGAAUAAUUUGUAUAUAAGCUGGCAGCUUCUUCAAGGACAUCAUCAUAUCAGAUCAGAACUCAGAGUUUCACUCCAGACUUUAUGUCAGAGCACAGUUUACAUGGUUUAUUUCGAACUGGAAUACAACAUUUAUCUUCUGUGGAAUUAUUUGCACGCCAUCAAUGAACUGUUUGCAGAUACUUUGAGAGAGGAAUUCUCAGUUCUCAUCAAGAUCAUCAAGCUGUUUUAAUGAACGCUUUUCAACCCAUGGAUUGCUGAAAUUGAUUGUUAAUCAUCAUCAACAUUGUCUUCACAGACAUUGCAACUCGUUACAGUGACUUUUGUUAUUCAUCGUGCUUCAACAUCAAUUUCAUCAUCGCCAUCAUUGUGAACUUUAAUUAAAGGAAUCUUCGCCAACUGACUUGGAUUUUCAUUUGGAUUUAUAUCAUAACCUUGGAUUGCACAUCUAACUCUUCAAGAUAUGUAAGACCAUUGUUUAUUUUUGUUUUGUUGAAUGAUCUAUU